AGCCAAUCAGAAUGUAGGAUUUGUAUACUAAAACAAAGUUAGUGCAUGCGUAAUUCGAGACAGUCUCUAGUGACUAAGGAGAGACAACAACAACGGGGGACUGAUGGAGUAUUAUUAGUAUAAAAUAUAGAGCGAUUGAGAGCCGGUUAGGAAAGAGACGGACAAAUAAAAGUUAUUAAACAGCGCAUAGUUCUUGUGUCUUACAAGCUGAAAAGGACUAUUGUGAUACGUCAUAUACUGCAGGCUUUGCGGACACAUUUAAAAAGCACACACUCGCAAAAUAUCAUGUCAAUAAAAGGCGAAGAUGAAAGUUAUUACGGUGGGGAUGUGUUGUCUUUAAACAAGGCAUUCAAAGUCCGGAAUAUUGAGGAAAAUCGCUUCGCCAAGUUUGAGGAGCGAGAAACCCGAAGCAUUCUGACAAUCGAAAUUAAUAAAUUUCUGUGCACUGGUAAGUUUCGGACGACGUGGAAUGGAGUAGAAGUUAUGAAAAGCGCCGUCGACUUGGUUACUUUGCAAGACUUGCUUGGUCGUGAAAAACCCGCGACAGUCAUCGAAUUUGGCAGCUAUGCAGGAGGAUGUGCCUUAUGGUAUGCCGACACAUUAAAAUGUUUUGGUGUGAAGAGCCACGUUUAUUCUCUCGACAUUACAUCCGAAUGCUUGCACGAAACAGCGAAAAAGAGAGAUGACAUUACUUUCAUCACAGCUGAUGUCUCGAAGGAUGUGGAGAAGGUCCUCCCGGAGAAAAUGUUGAAGGAGUUACCACAUCCUUGGUUUAUCUCCGAAGAUUGUCAUGUUCGCCUGGAAAAAUCUCUGGGCCAUUUAGAGCCGUUCAUGAAACCUGGAGAUUACAUGCUAGUCGAGGAUACACACCCGCUAUCAAUUGUGAACUAUGCUGUUCGAGGUUCACCUUCAAGCGAUUUCGAGUUAGCUGGUCUUGGAAAACACGACGACUUAAGACUUUUUUUGAAAGCUCGUCCUGGAAAAUUUCUCGUUGACUGUCAUUACACUGAUUUUUUUGGAUAUAAUGGAUCCCCGAUGAUGAACAGUUAUUUAAAGCGGGUUUAAUUUUUGUGUCGUUGAAGGGCAAAUAGCUACAUCCAAAUGAUCCAAUUAUUGGACAAUAUUAGUGAAUUAUUGAAUAAAAUGUGCUGAGCAUACCAGACUCUUUGAAGUUCUGUUUACUGCUGUGAAAGAGAAUUAAAAUACGUAUAACAGAUCGCUAGGCGAAGUUAGCCUGUCAAUUAAUCACGAUUUGAUCGCUCUAGAACAAGCAAAAUAAUUAUUUUGCACAUACUAUAUAAUUAGACGGU